UGUGGACUUGAGGAACUAAGUGAUGCGCACCUCCAGGAGGUCACAGUUUGGACAGGUAUGAGACCUGUGGCGCUCAUGGACGAAGGACCAGCAGAUGUUUAGUGGAUCCCAGUCUGGAUGUAGCUCCAUAUUCCACUUCCAUACAACCAGCAGGCCUGGCACAGUUCAGCUCCACAUGGAUGAAUCCCGCUGUAGGAGCUGUACUUAUGGAAUAUGAGGCCCAUGCCUAUGAGCAUGCCUGCCUGUCCGAGUCCACUCCUCUCCGGGAGCUUCUCCUCAGCCCUGUCCCCCUGACACAGCCUCUCCACUCGGACAUCCCCUGGUCGCUUCGAGCCCCCUCGCCAUGAGGGCGACUGCUCGGUGAUUCGGUGCCUCUGCACGUCUGAACGGAUCGGAGACCCCCUUUUUGGAUCGGGCUUUUGCUGUAUACGCACAGGAUUAAUCUGCGCUCUGGGCUUUCUUUGUGUCAAAGGGCUUAACGCAGGUUGCGCGAACGGCAACGGCAACAGAGCGGGGGCUUUGCUUCACCCGCUGUUGCGCCCAGCUGCUCUCUUUGUGGCCGGGCCGUGAUGGCAGCCGGCCGGCCGGAGGCGCAGGACCACCCGCCGGAGAACGGCUUCACCCCGCUGGAGCACCCAGCGCCCCGGCUGCUACCGCACAUCGACGGCUCGGUUCUGCCGUCUCUGGGGGGCUUCGGGAAAUAUCAGAAGCAGCUCGUGGUCCUGACCUGGAUACCGGCAUUGUUCAUCGGCUUUAGCCAGUUUUCGGAUUAUUUCCUCCUGGCACAACCCAAUGGCACGUGCGUGCAACCCCUCACGAACGAGAGCAACUGGACCGUGGCAUCCCCGCCGGUCACCGUCACCGGAGGAGCGCCAGCGCUGCACCUCCAAGGCAACGGCACCGUGGAGGGAUACGGCGACGGCAGCGGUAUACUGUGCGCCUGCAAGGAGUGGAGGCUGGAGCUGCAGACGGGACUUAGUCAGAAUGUGGUUACCAAGUGGAACCUGGUGUGUGACUCUGCCUGGAAGGUGCACAUUGCCAAGUUCUCCUUGCUGGUGGGCUCCAUAUUUGGCUAUCUGGUGAUGGGUGUCAUGGCUGACUGGUUUGGUCGACACCCAGUGUUGAUUCUCUCGGUGCUUUUCAUGCUGGUGUUCGGUCUGAGCGUUGCCUUCUCUGUAAAUGUCACCAUGUUCAGCACCUUGCGCUUCUUUGAGGGUUUCUGCUUGGCGGGCCUCGCUCUCUCCCUCUACGUGCUCAGGAUCGAGCUUUGUUUACCGGGCUGGCGUUUCUCCAUGACCAUUGUGGCCAGUUUUCUGAUGGUGGGUGGGCAGCUAUUGAUGCCAGGGGUGGCCGCUCUGUGCCGCCAUUGGCCGGACCGGGAUGACUGGCAGGUCCUGCAGAUUGUCAUAAUCAGCCCUUUCGUUCUGAUGCUGCCCUACGUUUGGAUUUUUCCCGAGUCAUUGCGCUGGUUGCUGGCCACCCAGCACUACAGGCGGUCCAAAGCCAUGAUGCUUCACAUUGCCAGGAAGAACCAGGUCGACAUGACAACCGAGCCCAGUGGAGUUCUCACAGAGCUGGAGCAGGAGCUGCACAAGAAACCCCAGAGGACCUGCAUUGUCAAGAUGAUGAGCACCAGGAACCUGUGGAAAAACAUUGUGGUGCUGUGUGUCAACUCCCUGACAGGUUAUGGGAUCCACCACUGCUUCGCCCGCAGUAUGAUGGAUCCGGAGGCCCAGCCGACCGCUUUGUGUCACGCGGACUACUACACUAUGGCUGGCAUCGCCGUGGCAACCUGCCUGGCACUUUGCCCCGCGGUGGGGCUGAUGGGACGUCGUGGAGGGCUCCUCACCUUCAUGAUCAUAACAGCCCUGGCGUCUCUACUACAGCUGGGUUUGCUCAACUUAAUUGGGAAGUACAGCCUUCGCCAUUACACAGACACUCUGAACAGGAAAUUCUCGGUGGCCUUCUCCAUCAUCGGGAUGUUCUCCUCUCACGCUGUCAGCACACUCAGCAUUUUCUUCUGUGCUGAAAUCACUCCUACUGUCAUCAGGGGUGGAGGACUGGGCCUGGUCCUGGCGAGCGCUGGCUUCGGCAUGCUCACCGCUCCCAUCAUGGAGCUCCACAACCAGAAGGGCUACUUCUUGCAUCAUGUGAUCUUCGCCUGCUGCACCCUGCUGUGCAUCAUCUGCCUGCUGCUGCUGCCCGAGCCGCGGGGUCAGCCCCUGCCAGAGAGCCUGGCUGAUGGAGAGACCUUCACCCGUCAGACCCUGCUCCAUCCCGGAGAGCAGCACCUCCUUCUUGCCAAGAGUGACAGGGACUACUCCCGUGUCCACGACACACCGCUACACCUCUCAGCCACUGGGAGCGCUACAGUGGCAGCAGCUACUGCUCUGGCUGCGGUACCUGCCUCAUAUGCCCUGGCGACUGGUGGGGAGGUGAUUGGAAAUAGUGCCAUAGCCAAUGGGGUGUGAGCAUCAUAGCAAUAGUUCGCUACUGUGCAAUGAAUUGCUCAAGCAUUAAUCUAAUUGAAUGGUCACUUGAAAAAAAAAAAAAAAGAAAACAGACUUUUAAGGGAAAAAGAUGUUUGGAUGAACCAGAUGAACUCUUAUAACGGUGAAGUUUGAGAUGGUGACAAUAGUAAUUUUGUGUAGUUUGUAGUGAUUAUGAUUCAUUCAGGAGUUGCCAAAAACAAUAUUGUCCUGGACUAAGUUUACCUGAAGUCAGUGUGUGUUAAACAAUACGAAGGUCUUGAGUGGGGCUGGUUAUCGCUGCGCUCUGUGGUCGAUGAUCGACAGCAAAAAGAAGCAGACGCUGGCAAGAGGCAAAGCAGAGCAGACCAGCUUUCAAUGAUGUGUGUGCGCUCUGUGACUUUUGUUUGUAGUUUGUACGACUCGUUGAAAGAGGAUUUCACUGCAUCUUAUGAUUCUUUAUAAGUUAUUUUGCACUAAAUGUCAGAGACACAAUCAAGUGUUUGUGAUUUUGAGCCAACACAUUGGAGACGCAGGGAUUGGCUAAACCACUACCACUCUUUUUUGCAUGAAAGGGCACAAAUUGUUUUACAUGUUCUUUUUUUUGUCAUCCCUCUACAAGAAGUCCAAUGUGGCACUUUAUCCUCAGAGGUGAGGUCAGUGUAGACACUGAUUUUUAAAUAAGCAUCACUGCUGUUGCUGUGGGUGCAUGAUGGUUGUCUGAUGCGACGAAACAGCCGGAGACCUCGGCAGACUGUGUGUGUAGCAUAUAGAGACUGUGGGUUAACGCUAAACAAAUCUGAGAGUUGAACGGACAUUAAGAGUGACCCCUCAGUGUACUACUGUAUGUCUUAUGAUGCGUCUCAGCAUUUAAAUGGCUUUAUCAUGAUGGCUCUGUUUCUUUUAACAAAACAGAGAAUGUAAUUUAAGAAAACCAGUAUUUAUUUUGUCAUGCUGCCAAGGGCAAUUCUGUUGCUUGAAAUACCUCCUUAAUUAGCAAAUAUUUCCACGCCAACUCUCGCUCCCUUGUUCGCUGUACUGUGGUAAUGUUGUAAUCCUGCUCCUAGGAUGUGUAACUCUAGCCAGAAAGCACAAUAUUUUACAGUUUUUUAAAAAAAUAAACGUUUGUGGGGAUUAGAAUAGAGCAGCGUAGUCUGCGUAGACCUGGCCUAGUUGUGAUUAGUGUACAUUUAUACACUCUACUGUGCAAGUGUCCCUUAGGACUGCAUAAAAAUAUAAGAUAUGUAUACAUGUGCCAUUCAUUCAUAAAAUAUAGACCAUCAAACUUACUUUUAUAGGAUAUAAGCACACCGAAUAGAUAAACCGCGCCAUUUUUGUCCAAAUACACCUGAAUCCACAGAUCAAACAGAUCAUCCUCCGUUUUUAAAAUCAUAUUUAGCACACGACUCGUAUUUUGAACGCACCGUUUGGUUUGGUAGUUUGUAUGUUUUCAACAGUUAAAUACUCCGAGAGAAAAAAAAAAGAACUCAACCACUAAUGCUGUUU